ACCGCACCCGGCCUAAAAAAAAUUUUUUUUUGAAUCUUUCUUCUGGAACCAGAUAAAAUGGAUGGGAAAAGAUAAUUGGGGAACGAGAAUAUUUCUAGAUCUUUCAUUUUCCCAAGAUGGCUCAGUUGGCCAUCCUAGGAACUGAAGUGCCCUCAAACCUAUAGUGUCUGUCAUUUCACAGCUACUAUCACAUACAUUUUAUAUGUUGAGAUUUCUACACAAACUAUUAAUCACAAACAACACUUGUUAAGGGAACAUUGAGGAAGCAAAUAUUUUUAGUAGACUACAGAUUUCCAUAUGAAGAUUUCACAGUAUUCCGGCCUCUGGAAAGGAAUGCUCUCCUUCCGAUUCCCGCCCUUUCUGCGACACCAUGAAGUCCUCUCCGCGCCCCUUAGGCAGUUCCGGAGUUGCAGGGGCCGAGGGAGAAUACAUCAAAGUGAUGUCAUUCAUGACUCCGAGAUGGUUACCAUGGCAACUAUCAGACAUAUUACGAUGUCAGUAGGGUCCCUAUGUUAACUACUUGAGACAAAAAUAAAUAUGGCCUUCUACAGUUAUAAUUCAGUCUUAGCUAUUGCUCGAACAAGAUUCCCUAGCCAUUUUGUCCAUCCUACCUGCUCUUCUUAUUCCCCAUCAUGUACAUUUCUUCACUUGCCAGAUUCCCAUUUAAAUAAGACAUGUGUGAAGAACUAUGAGAGCAAGAAGUACUCGGAUCCCAGUCAGCCAGGCAAUACAGUACUUCACCCAGGAACUAGACUAAUACAAAAGCUACACACAUCCACUUGCUGGCUGCGAGAGGUUCCUGGCAAACCUCAGCUGGAGCAAGCCCCAAAACAUCCACAGGUGACGAGCCCUCAGGCCACAAAAGAAACUGGCAUGAAGAUUAAAGAAGGCGAACAAUCUUAUAGACAAAAAAUCAUGGAUGAACUUAAAUAUUUUUACAAUGGAUUCUACUUACUUUGGAUUGAUGCCAAAGUUGCUGCCAGAAUGGUUUGGAGGCUGUUGCAUGGACAGGUCCUAACCAGACGAGAGAGACGAAGGCUGUUGAGAACUUGUGUUGAUUUCUUCCGCCUGGUUCCAUUUAUGGUGUUCAUAAUUGUACCCUUCAUGGAAUUCUUAUUACCAGUGUUUCUGAAACUCUUCCCAGAGAUGUUGCCAUCAACUUUUGAAAGUGAAUCCAAAAAGGAAGAAAAACAGAAAAAGAAAAUGGCUGUAAAGUUGGAACUAGCAAAAUUUCUUCAAGAAACCAUGACAGAAAUGGCAAGGAGGAACAGAGCGAAGAUGGGCGAUGCCUCUACACAGCUGUCAUCCUACGUGAAGCAGGUCCAGACAGGCCACAAGCCCAGCACAAAGGAGAUAGUUCGCUUCUCCAAACUAUUUGAGGACCAGCUGGCCCUGGAACACUUAGAUCGCCCUCAGCUGGUUGCCCUUUGCAAACUGCUAGAAAUGCAGACGUUUGGAACCAACAACCUGCUCCGCUUUCAGCUCCUGAUGAAACUGAAGUCUAUAAAAGCAGAUGAUGAAAUAAUUGCCAAGGAAGGGGUGAGGGCAUUGAGUGUAUCAGAACUACAGUCUGCCUGUAGGGCCCGAGGGAUGAGAUCAUUGGGUCUCACGGAGGAACAACUGCGACAACAGCUCACGGAGUGGCAGGACCUCCACCUGAAAGAGAACGUCCCUCCUUCCCUUUUGCUCCUGUCCCGCACCUUCUACCUGAUAGAUGUGAAGCCCAAGCCUAUUGAGAUACCACUCAGUGGGGAGGCUCCAAAGACUGAUAUUCUUAUGGAACUACCUACUUUCACUGAAUCUAAAGAGAACAUAGUGGAUCUUGCACCUCAACUGAAGGGAACUAAGGAUGAAGACUUUAUACAGCCGCCACCAGUUACAUCAUCACCCAUAACACCAUCAACACCAAUUUCAUUACCUAAAGGAUCCAUCACUUCUUCUAAAGAAGCUACACUCCAGGCCAAAUCACAAAUGACGGCCCAGAACAGCAAGGCUAGUUCAAAAGGAGCAUAAGGACAACUUGAGGAUGGAGCUCACUCUCUCCAGCUUCCGGCCCUCAACAGUGGCAUCUGUAAAGGACCUCCCAGCUAAGACUCUCUGUCUGGCUUCAGAGAGUGGAUCACUCGUUUAGCCCAUGGGGCAGUCCUUUGAGGCCUGGUAACCAUUCCAGGUGAUGUGAGUAGUGAGACCAAGUUCAGACCCCUUAUAAAAAUAUAAUUGCAAAGUCCCAUUUCCUCUGUGCCAUUGUCACCCCCCACCAUGUUGUUUUUUUUAAUUUCAUGUGUACGUCCCUUAAGAGAGGAAAUUUUUUUGCACAAUGGAAUCAGCUUGGCACCUUAGAUACCUCUGUCUCCUAUGGCUUGGAAUUCUGAGUAAGAACUUGGAAGUUCCAAAAACCAUUUUAGGAGCACCUGAUUAACUUUCUGAAUGAUCCACCAGUAGAAUCAGCACCCUGGAAACAAAGUACCUUAUGAGACGGGAUGGAUAUACUCCCCAAAAGAUCUUUGUGGAUAUAAUGAAGCUUCUUGGAGAAAAUGGGGAGUUAAACAGACUGGCAAUCAGAAAGAUUUGGCUGCUUCUGACAUCCCCCUCUUGGGCCUGCAGAGGCUGCAGCAAUCUGCUAGGCAGCCACUCUUCUAGCGCAUAUGGCUUUCAUUAGCCACCAUUUUGCUAGGAAGCAUAAUUAAGGGUUUAAACCUUAAUCAUUUGUUUGUGUUGGGUGUGUGUGUGUUUCUGGCCAGUUUGUCUUUCACAAGACUAUUUAUUAGUCAUAGGGGUUGUGAAGGUCUGAUAUAAUCCCUGUGCUACCCAGCAACCAGUAUCACAUUAGGAUAUUUAUGUUUGAUGUUUUCAGUAUUAAUAAUACUGAAAUAAUAGACUGCCAUGCAGCUGACCAAGGGCUUUCUUCCCUUGGGGAGUGGUUAGAAGGCCAAAGGUAUUUCAGCCUGUAGGUGAUAAAAUUAGAUUUACUUGCUGUGGUUAGACAGCAGUCAGUUAAAAUAAGUAAAACUCAACUGUCCUGUCUGGGAUCACCUAAAUGAGGAACGUCACCAGCACUUCACAACAAGAAUAUGUAUUCUACAGUGCUUUCUAAACUUCUGCUCCAUCACAGAAGCCCCACCAUGUCCCACUAAUGAAGCCCAGUUCUUUGGGAAUGAUGAAUCCCUACUGUGCAAAUACAGCAGUCAUGGAUCUUGCCUAGCGAGGUGAUUCACAAUACAUUUUCCCGUUUCAAAAAUGACAGGUGUUUUAAUUAGUCCACAUUUCAGGUGUUAAAUGUGGGAAAAGGAUUAGCUAGUUAAACUUGCUCAAUCAUGUUUUAGCUGAAUGAGUCACAGGUACUGCUGGGCUGUCCUACAGUUCCUUCUGGCUUUCCCUCCGAGCAGGGUGGGAAUGAGCAGUGACCCCGUCAAAGGACCCGGGCCACUUGAUACACCUCUCCUCCCACUCUCCUGCUAGCAGCUCAGAGAAGUCAAGGAUGUUUCGUUGUUCUCAUCACUUAGGGUGCUUGGCUGUUGGGUUCAAUGAUCCUUACAUCUAAUCCCAGCUAGUGGUGUUCUGGUAAAUCGUUAACCACCAACUCUUUGAGGGGGAAAAAGCCCUGAUUUAUAGCAUCUGGGUAUUCCAGUGAUAUAAAUCCUCACACCAUGUUGAUUUCAAGCCACUGCCAAGGUACCACUGGACAGUGCAGAGCUGGGAGGAGACAUGCAGUAUCCCCUGAGAGCAAGCACCACACACCACACUGGUGCUAGCCUCCCGGGGUAAUGAGACAGUUACACCUCUAGUUGGCAUGUUUAUGAAAUAGAUCCCUUCUGUGUGCGGAGACCUGCAUGUGGGGCAGUUACGGUGGAAAUGCUCCUGAAUACUGGAGGGUCCACCUAGAGGGAACCCGCCCAGACCAAGUCUUAGCAGUUGGGUUCUUACUGACCACCCACUUCUCUGGCUCUCCUCAGCAGAGGGAAUGGAAGGCUGUUCCGACUGCUUCAGAGCUUUCUCCUCUCUGCUCCCUUCUCUAUACAUGCAGAUGCCUUGGCUCUACCUGCUGCUAAUGAUCUCAUUGGGUAUGACUUUUGACUUUUUUUUUUAUUUUUUGAAACG